GCGCAGUAACAAAUGAAGUGCGCGCUGCGACACCUCCCAGCUCUCCAGGCUCAGCCGCCAUUUCCUCGCCUGGCCUAACGGUCCGGCCAAUCCCAGCGCGCAUCGAGAAGGGCUAAGGCUCCGCCAAUCGGAGGCCGCCGAUUUCGACCCCUUGCCUCGGCCCGGCCCAAUCCAGGCUCCGGCCCCGUCGCCCCCGGUCCGCCCCCGCGGCGCCCUCUCUCCUCCCUCUUUGUGCGUCUCGCGCCGCCGCCGCCGCCCGCCGCGUGAGAGGACGGGCUCCGCGCGCUCCGCGGCAGCACAGUCAGGUCCCCUCCCCCCAGAAGAUUCGCGAAGGAGAAACCGCCGCCGCCGCCGAAAAGGAGCCGCCGGUGCCGGUCCCUGGGGGGCGCCAUGGCGACCGGAGCGAACGCCACGCCGCUGGGUAAGCUGGGCCUCCCUGGCCCCAAAGGGGGCUUCGAGCCGGGGCCACCGCCUGCUCCCGGGCCUGGGACGGGGCUGCUGGUGUCCGGGCCGCCGCCGCCCCCGCCCGUGGGUUCGGUGGGGGCCCUGACCGCGGCCUUCCCCUUCGCGGCGCUGCCGCCGCCGCCGCCGCCGCCGCCCCCCCCACCUCCCCAGCAGCCGCCGCCGCCCUCCCCGGGCUCCUCGUACCCGCCGCCGCAGCCGCCCCCUCCGCCGCCGCUCUACCAGCGCGUGUCGCCACCGCAGCCGCCGCCGCCACCCCAGCCGCCGCGUCAGGACCAGCAGCCGGGCCCGGCCGGUGGCGGAGGAGACUUCCCCAGUAAGAAGCGGAAGAGGAGCCGCUGGAACCAAGACACAAUGGAACAGAAGACGGUGAUUCCAGGAAUGCCUACAGUUAUCCCCCCUGGACUUACUCGGGAACAAGAAAGAGCUUAUAUAGUGCAACUGCAGAUAGAAGACCUGACUCGUAAACUGCGCACAGGAGACCUGGGCAUCCCCCCUAACCCUGAGGACAGGUCCCCUUCCCCUGAGCCCAUCUACAAUAGCGAGGGGAAGCGGCUUAACACUCGUGAGUUCCGCACCCGCAAAAAGCUUGAAGAGGAGCGGCAUAACCUCAUCACGGAAAUGGUUGCCCUCAACCCUGAUUUCAAGCCACCUGCAGAUUACAAACCUCCAGCAACACGUGUGAGCGAUAAAGUAAUGAUUCCACAAGAUGAGUAUCCAGAAAUCAACUUUGUGGGGCUGCUGAUUGGGCCCAGAGGGAACACCUUGAAGAACAUAGAGAAGGAGUGUAAUGCCAAGAUCAUGAUCCGGGGGAAAGGCUCUGUGAAAGAAGGGAAAGUUGGGCGCAAAGAUGGCCAGAUGCUGCCAGGAGAAGAUGAGCCGCUUCAUGCCCUGGUUACUGCCAAUACCAUGGAGAAUGUGAAGAAAGCAGUAGAACAGAUAAGAAACAUCCUGAAGCAGGGUAUCGAGACUCCUGAGGACCAGAACGAUCUACGGAAGAUGCAGCUUCGAGAGUUGGCUCGUUUGAAUGGGACCCUUCGGGAAGACGAUAACAGGAUCUUAAGACCCUGGCAGAGCUCGGAGACCCGCAGCAUUACCAAUACCACAGUGUGUACCAAGUGUGGAGGGGCUGGCCACAUUGCUUCCGAUUGCAAAUUCCAAAGGCCUGGUGACCCCCAGUCAGCUCAGGAUAAAGCGCGGAUGGAUAAAGAAUACUUGUCCCUCAUGGCUGAACUGGGGGAGGCACCUGUGCCCGCAUCUGUGGGCUCCACCUCUGGGCCCGCCACCACACCCCUGGCCAGUGCACCUCGGCCCGCUGCUCCCGCCAACAAUCCACCUCCGCCGUCUCUCAUGUCCACUACCCAGAGCCGCCCACCCUGGAUGAAUUCUGGCCCGUCAGAGAGUCGGCCCUAUCAUGGCAUGCACGGAGGUGGCCCUGGUGGGCCCGGAGGUGGCCCGCACAGCUUCCCACACCCGUUACCCAGCCUGACGGGCGGGCACGGUGGACAUCCCAUGCAGCACAACCCGAAUGGACCCCCUCCUCCUUGGAUGCAGCCGCCGCCACCACCGAUGAACCAGGGCCCCCACCCACCUGGGCACCAUGGCCCUCCUCCAAUGGAUCAGUACCUGGGAAGUACGCCUGUGGGCUCUGGGGUCUAUCGCCUGCAUCAAGGAAAAGGUAUGAUGCCGCCGCCGCCUAUGGGCAUGAUGCCGCCGCCGCCGCCGCCUCCCAGUGGGCAGCCUCCACCCCCUCCCUCUGGUCCUCUUCCCCCAUGGCAGCAGCAGCAGCAGCAGCCUCCGCCACCCCCUCCGCCCAGCAGCAGUAUGGCUUCCAGUACCCCUUUGCCAUGGCAGCAAAGAUCCCUCCCCGCGGCGGCGAUGGCCCGAGCCAUGAGAGUGAGGACUUUCCGCGCCCAUUGGUGACCCUUCCAGGCAGACAGCCUCAGCAGCGCCCCUGGUGGACAGGAUGGUUCGGCAAAGCAGCCUGAGUUAUUUUUAUGGACGGAAUCGGAACACGCUGGCUCCAUAUUGUGAAAUUUUUUAUUAAAUUUUUCUUUUUCCUUUGUUAUUUCCUUAUCUUUUCCUUUCUUCAGACUCCGUCCAAGGAGAUGCUCUCCCCGGUCUUCUGCUGCAAUUAGAUUUCUUUCCCUUUUCUCAUUCCUCGUUCUUCUCUUUCUAAGGAGAGAGGAACAAAUGGUUUUUAGGCAAAGGCUUUUGGCCAUCAGUGUCAGGCUAGUGGGGGGUUCCUUUGGUUCUAAGAUUUUCAAGGUGCCAUAGUCGCCCUGAGAUUUUUUUUUUUCCUAAUUUUAAAGCGUGGGGUUUUGUCUGCCACCUUUGUAGACUAGCAGGUUGACCCCCAUGUCCAGGGUCCAUAUCCGUCCUGGCAUCCCUGCCAGUAGUUGGGGCCGCCUACGCCGCUGUGGGCUUGUCUGCCAGCCAGGAGUGCCCUUUCCACGCCCCUGAGCACCUGAGCUGCCUCGGAUUUCAUUUGUUCCUCUCUUUCCUGGAAGGCUUCCUUUUCAAAUUUAUUUUAGUCCCAAAUGUCAGUGUUUUGCAGUGUCUAGGGGUUUGAGCCCCUUGUUUUCCGUUCUGCUUCCUUUUUUUCCUCCUUCCUCUUCAUGGAGUGAUUAUGUUGACAAUAAUGUAUAAUGCGCGUUCUCUUCACUGGUUUAUCUGCAGAAAUUUCUCUGGGCUUUUUUUUUUUUUUUUUUUGGUGUAUGAUUCAACACUGCGUUAAAGGGGGAUGUUCAUUGAAUAAAAGAGCAGUGUGGUUUUCUGGG